GUUGCAAAUCAACAGUCGUCCUCCUCUUCUUCUUCCUCUUUCCUAGCUGUGAGCCUCAGAAGAGAUGAAUGUGCUCUGUUCUUGGAUUCUCUGUUGUUUAAAAGAUUUUUUACUUUUUUCCCCUUUCUCGGAUGCCUCUUAUUCUAGGAGGUUUUAGUCACGUUUGUGUACACAUUACACAAAUAUAGUGAUGUUGCAUAUUCACCUGUUUUAUUCCAUUUUCACACUACCUUUUUGGUGUUCAUCCAUCUGCCAAAAUGAGCUAUUCAAAUCAUGCAAUGGGCUCUGGAAGUCGAACUGCUAGAAGGACAUUUGAGUUUGGAAGGACACAUGUGGUGAGGCCUAAAGGGAAACACCAGGCUACUAUAGUUUGGUUACACGGCCUGGGAGAUAAUGGCUCAAGCUGGUCUCAGCUCUUGGAAAGCCUUCCUCUUCCUAAUAUAAAGUGGAUUUGCCCAACUGCUCCAACUCGCCCUGUAGCGAUCCUUGGUGGAUUUCCCUGCACAGCAUGGUUUGAUGUUGGGGAGCUUUCUGAAGAUGGCCCAGAUGACUGGGAGGGUUUAGAUUCCUCAGCAACACACAUUGCCAAUCUGUUGUCAACUGAGCCAGCUGAUGUCAAAGUUGGCAUUGGAGGUUUCAGUAUGGGUGCUGCAACGGCCCUUUACUCUGCAACUUCUUGUGCUCUUGGAAGAUAUGGAAAUGGGAAUCCAUACGUUCUCAACUUGAGGGCAGUGGUGGGGCUAAGCGGCUGGCUCCCAGGUUCGAGGUGCUUAAAGAACAAAAUAGAAGGGUCUCACGAGGCUGCUAGGCGUGCUGCGUCCUUGCCCAUUUUUCUGGCCCAUGGCACUUCUGACGACGUAGUCCCAUGUAAAUACGGAGAGAAAUCUGCCCAUACGUUAAGUGCAGCAGGGUUCCGAUACCUUACUUUUAAAGCCUAUGAAGGGCUUGGCCAUUACACAGUUCCUAAAGAGAUGGACGAGGUGUGCAACUGGCUUACCGCAAGGCUAGGACUCGAGGGGUCCCGGGCCUAAUUGGUAGACUGGAAUCCAUUUGCUGUUGGAGACAGAGAGGAGGAACAACAGGGGGAGUGGGGGGAAAACAAUAAUGGGGGCAGGGGGAGGGGGAAAGAAACAAAUGCAUCUGUAAAAGUAGGUAGUAUAUAUACAAUGGAUUGAGAGGGUAUAUGGUAUAGUUUAAGCCAAUGUUCCUAGUUUCCUUUUGCUUGUUUUUAAAAAUAAAGUUUUUGAUGUGUUUAUUUCC